AUGAGGAGCCCGCGAGAACUCGCAGACCGCUCAAAAUACUGUCGAUUCCAUCGACAGCAUGGGCACGACACCGAACAAUGUCGUGAGCUAAAAAGACAGAUCGAGGAGCUCAUCCGCCGAGGGCAUCUCGGCCACUACCUUCUACCGGACAAGGAGCCAUCACCUCACCCAAGGGGUACCAUUGAGAGACACAUCGACGUAAUCGCCGGCGGCCCCGCAUCAGGAGGGGGCUCCAUGUCAGGAAGAAAGGCGUACGCCCGAGCCGCUCCUGAUGUGACCCCUGGGCACGGGCCCGAGCCCGAAAUCACCUUCCCAACCGGGGUCUCCAGGCAGCCCGAGCACGAUGAUGCCCUCGUGAUAUCAGCAAGGGUGGCCAACGCGCAGGUAAGGAGGAUCAUGGUCGACACGGGGAGUUCGGCCGACAUACUCUACUUUGACGCCUUCCAGAAGCUCGGCUUAGCCAAGGAAAGCAUGCGCCCAAUGGGUUCAGCGCUCACCGGGUUCACGGGAGAUUCGAUAUCACCUCUGGGGGCUAUCACUUUGCCCUUAACCCUAGGGAUCCCGCCAAGGUCAAAAACGGUAAUGACCACCUUUUUGGUGGUCGACCUUCCUACGGCCUACAAUGCCAUACUGGGACGGCCGACCCUCAAUAAGGUCAGAGCCGUCGUCUCGACCUACUACCAAACCAUUAAGUUCCCGACUCACGCAGGGGUCGGAGAAGUCUCUGGAAGCCCCCGAGAGUCCAGGCGGUGCUACCUAACCGCCGUUUCACUACACAAGAGGACCAGGGUCGAGCCACCACUAGAGGACCCGCGGGAAACAAAAAGGUCGGCCCCUCAUCCCGAGCAGAAGGGGCCCACCGUAGAUGUGCCGUUACAAGAAGCCCGACCCGACCGAACGGUCAAAGUGGGUUCGGAGCUACCCGAACAGGAACGAGAGCAGCUCGUCGGCCUCCUGCGGGAAAAUGCCGACAUCUUCGCCUAG